UAUUUCCGCUAUAUUCGCGUUUGAUGAUCUUAGCUCGCAAGCGAGCGAGCGAGCGAGUGCCUCGCUCACCAAUAAAGGAGAGCGCCCGAGAGUUUACGACGCGGCUCGAUUCAAUAAACGUGAGGCGAAACGACUCGAGGAAAAUAUUUGAAGCUGUUGUACGGAAUAUUUACGCGUCGUCGUAUUUACACGGAAAGUUGCAAGAGGUUCGUCGAUUCGGUCGGAGUCGCGACAAAAAUGGUCCGGUUUCUUCCACCGGAAGACAGAUAUGUAGAAUACAACCGAAGAUGGUAAAAACGUAUCGAAUUGAAACAUUCCCUCUCGAAAUCUCCCGAGAUCCGACAUCACCUUGUGGACAUCACCGUAAGAGGGUUCCUAAGACGUAUGUGAACGCCCGGACACACGAGAUAUCUCCCAAAGCAUAUGGUGGUCUCCAAGGCAAAACCGACUUUCCUGAAAGUCUCUUUGACCGCGAUUCCUACGAGGAAAAGCUCGCUCGCCGACCUGUAAAAGUGGAGGACCAAGAAUACCGCCGCUGGACCAGUAGCAGCAUCUCGCGGACUCCGCUCCGUCGAAUCGUGCCAAGCGCACGCUCGACGGCCCGAGAUAGCUUCGCUCGGGAAUGCGCGCUAUCGCUAUCGCGAGGCGCGGUUAAAAUCGGCGUUUUCCCUUCGCUCUCGCAAGCGCACGCCCGAAAGAGAGACGUCGUUCAUCGUCGGCGGUCGGCGGCAUUGGCGUUCGCUAUUCGCGAGCGGCCCGGAGUCGUCGGGGACGGCGUCCGUCGUGAGGUGCGUAUCUCACGCCAGAAACGAUCGUCAGCGUCGUCGACGCGACGACGUCUCAGAGUAAAGAAUGGGCAGUGAGCCUUCCAUCAAGCGAGCGACGAAAAGAAAUUCUGAAAAAAAAGAAUUUCGUUAUCAAAAUACGUUCUUGACGAGAGCAGAGGCUUCGCCGAGGAUAAAUCAGUUCCUUAUCAAGUAAACCUGUUUGUUUGCAAAAACAGAAAUUUGCCACUGUAAUAAUUUCAACCCUGGCAAACGAGUCCUUGUAUUGGGAGUAGAAUGAAAAAAAAAAUGGGCCGGCCGUACAACGAGUAAUAAAAUCAACAUUCCCAGAUCCGUUUUCCGCAAUCGGCGAAGCUCGCUACGAUCGCACGAAGCGAAAGGAUUCUACGUUGGCGAAUCCUUUUCUCCUGGUAAUGAAAAUCGAAGAGAAACGCGAUCGGUCGAGGACGUGGUAUCAAGUCCAAGUUCACCGGAACCUGCACUCCGGUUCCCUCCGCUUCUUUCAGGACGCACCUGACCGGAAAUUAAGUUGGCCGCUAGAGGAAGGCCCGCGGCUCGGUAUCGUCAAUUGGCGUUACUAAUCGGCCGUCGCGACGGCGAAUGGCGACGCAUUUCCUUCUUCGACGCCGAGAGAGAGAGAGAGAGAGACUCAUCUCUUGGCAUCCGUCGCAUACGUCUCGCCGGGGACAAUAAUUACGAGUUAUGUUGUGUAAUUUGCGGUAUAUUUGCUAAUACAGCCGACGCCGCGGUCUAAUUCGGGCGAAAAUAUUUGGACGGGAUCCGCAAAACCACGAUAAUUAAUCCCGAUAGAUGACGGCUCAAUCAGUACGAGUGAAUUUUGCUGGCAUUCGAACGACGCGCAGCGUGGCGACAAGAUAAGUCACACUGCCAGGGAGAUUACAUUGUAUUACGUUACAUACCGACGAAAUUCUUGCCGUUCGUUAAACCAUCGUCGGCUCACUAUCGUCGAAAAAUAUAUCUUGUAACUUGUAAUAUGUAGCCAGAUUAAUUUGCCUGAUGUGAAUUGUCUGCAAUUAAUUAAACAGCUUAACAACUGAUUUGUUGAAAUAUUAAUAGCCUUAACAUAACUAAAUGUCAUAAAUUGUUGAAUAUUUGUAAUAUUUAAUUGAUAUUUGUAAGUAAUCUAUCUUAUGCGUAUUUAUCUCUUCAAGAUCUAUCUCGUUGCCACAUGUUUUCACGCAUAAAUAGAUCUUCAAUUUCUUCGAAAAAAGAGUCCCAAUUCUUAUAGUUUCAAUAGUUUUAAUAGUUUCAAGUGUGAACCAGCAGAUAUUAAUUUACAACCCUUUCUUAUUUCUUUCGAGAGUUUUAUUCUCGAUGCUUAUUUUCAUUGUGUCAUCGAGUUUUCAAUCUCUCGCGUGUGAGAUUUGAGAUUAGCUUUAAAGCUCGAAGAAGAAGAAGAAGAGGAACGAGAAAGAAGAAGAGCAAGAAAAGGAGGAGGAAGAAACGUUACGUAAGGGGGAAUAAGUCCGUUUGGCCGGGUUCUUCAUUCCAGGUUCUAUACAACAUCCUCUUCGUCGCUUCUCCUCGUCGCACCUUCGUCGCCGUCGAACACCAUGCACUGCCAUGCCACCUCAGUGAUCCUCCAUCGUCGGCCUCCUCACCUCCUCGCCGCCAUGGCUUGCCUGCUUGCUUCUGGGGCUGACAGCAGCUAUUUUCGUUUCCCAGCGACAAUAUAGCCACGACUUAGGCCGCUCUUGCUGAGCUGAGCUUCGCGGUCCACCUCUCCUCGGCUCUCUUUCCUUCGGCGGUUUCUGCUUCUUAUUUAUGGAAUCCCUUACCUCUUCUGAAAUUAUUCCUUCGCCUACUACAUAUCGCCGCCACUGAAUCAUCGUUACGUCGAUGCUGAAGCAAAGAAUGCCGCCGACUAAGGUAACCAAUUUUGCAUGAUCGUAAUCAACUUGUGUUUCGUGAAAUGCAGUCGUAACUUCGGAGAUGAAUUUAGCACGCAGAAAUGUAAGAGAAAGAUUUCAGCAAAUGCGUUGUUUCUUUUCUGACCCAGUUACGGGCAACUCGUGGUUUAAUAAUUCUCGUAAGUCGGGGUGGCAUAAGCGGAAAGCGUUGAAGCAAAAACAGAAAUGGGAACGUCUUAGAAGUGUCGUUUGCCUAGUUUCUGUUUUGGAUACCUCCGCAUUCCUCAUUUAUUCUUAAACAUACACUCGAACAUAUAGCUAAAUGAAUUUUAUUGAAGAAUAAAGGAAUAUAUUAAUCCAAUGAAAUACGUAAAUUCACGAUAAAUUUUUCUAGAACUUCCGCUGAAAGGAAUACGUUUCAUUUCCGUUGUGUAUUUUCUUUCCUUCUAUUUCUAUUUUCAUUAGCUUUUUCUACAGUUUAUUUUUUUGCGUUGGUUGGUUAUACUUAAGCUUGUGAGUCGUGACAAUGUUCUUCGCGUUCGAUCAGAAGAUCAUAUAGUUACCGAAGAGGAUACAAAGAUAAAAAUAAUUAAAACUUUGACUCGUUUUUCUUUGUUCUCCAAUAAUACUGUAUCGUGAUCGAAUGAAUAUUCAGACGCGUUCAGCUCGAAAAUACCUGUAGUAAACUAACGUUACGUGGAUGAAUCAUUGUUCGGUUAGCGCCAAUAAUAAUUGGAAUUCCUCCCUCGCCGAUAUCGUUCCGGUUUCGCAGCUGCAUGCAACUGGGUGACCGCGUGACGGAUGUGAGCGCGUUACCUUAUUCGUGUACGUCUCGCGUUUUCGUGAAGCGUAUAUUUGCGUAUAUGUCGCGUUAAACGCACAUUCAUCCGCUCUGGGCCGACUACAUGCGAGCGAGCAAACGCAAAUGACGUCAAGUGAUACAGUCAUCGUUGAGAGAUGUAAUUUCCACAACUCCCUUUUUUUCUUUUACUUUCUCGUGAGAUGCACGUCCUCAUCCUUCUCUGCUUCCGUUUUGGCAAAGCGAACAAGUGAUUUAUGGUCUUCCUUCCUUCCUUCCUUCCUUCCUUCCUUCCUUCCUUCUUUCCUUUUCAAAGUCGAUGUGAUGACGUAUCGUUGCAUACGUGCAAUCAUCAAAGACCGGAUGUAUUCGCCAGAGUACACACUUCGUGCCACCUAAAACUGUAUUUUCGUGAGACCCCGUUACGUAAAAAAUAAAUAUGUGGCCUCUUUAAUGUCAGUGGCAAUUUAAUACUAUUACUAAUUCUUUUGUAUUACAGUCAAACAUCUUGCUUCCAAACAUUAGAUUUUUUUCGUUAUUUAUUUUAUUUUCUUUCUUUAAAGAGCUCUAUACUCGAGAAAUAUUUAUUUCGUAUUCAAAUAAAUUGAAUAAAUUGAUCAAUGGAUCAUCAAUUCAUUCAAUUCAAACUGACACAAAUUUUUUGCAAUUUCUUUAUCGUACAUAAAAGUUAACUUGAUAAAGUGAUAAAACAUUAAGCUGAAUUAGACGCGUGUGAAUAACACGAAAAAUGUAAUUUCUCGAUACUUAAUAAUAUUCUUGUUUCAAUUAUUAAAUAUAUUUUUUAGUUCUAUAACUAAAUAAAACUAUCUGGCUCUGCCAGACUUAAAACGCAAUCGUAAACUGAAACUAGAAAUUAUAACAAUAUCUCUAAAUUAAUUUUUAAUCGUCAAAUUUAAUAAUGAUGUUAAACAUCUUAAAAAAAUGUCAAGAGCUUAUAAGAUAAAAGUUAUGGCAAAAUUACAAAAUACAAGACAUUCUCUUCCAUAAUAUUUAAGGAUAAGAUUAAUUUACUGCAGGAAUGACUGGUCUGUGCAGUCAUUUUGGCCGUUUAGCGCAGCAGACCUAAUUAAGUUAAUUAAGAAGAGAGACGUAAUCAUAAUCUUUGAUUCAAUCGAAAAAUCUUUUACUUCCCAUCGAAAAAAAAA